AUGAAGAAAGAUCAUGUUAGAAAAGACGAAUGGGAAAAGAAAGAGAAUAAAGAAAAGUGGAACUCACAUAUCUCUAUCUCAUCAGAGAAUACAACAAAAAAAAGGAAAAGUAAAACAGAAGGAGGCAAUACCAAUAAAAUUAGUAGUCGUAGUAACAGUAGUAAUACUAAUAGAAAUAAUAAUUACAAUACCUAUAACAUUAACAAUAGACAUAACGCUAAUGGAAUUGUCAAUGAUACGAACAGUGGCUAUGAUGAACCGCUGCUGUUUGAUUUCUUGACAAAGGAAAAUUAUGAACAGUACAACAAUUUUGUAAAUUUCUGUGAAAUUAAUUUUUCGGGCAUAGAUUUGAAGGACGUAAACGACACUGUUGACCAUUUGAGGAGGGGCAAUAACGUGUACCUUUCGAAUUAUGUAAGCAGUUCAAGUGAAGAGGAAGAAGAAACUGGAGCAGCAGUGGGGGUAGAGGCCGGAGCAGCAGUGGGGGUAGAGGCCGGAGCAGAAGCGGGGGUAGAGGCCGGAGUAGAAGCGGGGGUAGACGCAUCUUCCAGGGUGAGAAGAAAAAAAGGAGCGUACAGGAAAAACCUGAAGCUAAUUAAUAUAAAGCGGAGCAAAAGAGCAAGAGUGAAUAUGAUAAUCAUAAAAAAAAAGUUUUACAAUAGGAGGAGGGAUAGCAGUAAUGAUGAUGAAGGAAAGGCAGAGGGAGGAAAAACAAAUACAGUCAUCAUAUCACCCUUCUUUAUGCCUGUGGGAACAAAAUGCUGUAUCAAAGGACUAAUAGCAGAAGAAGUAGAAAAUAUAUGUAAUUACAUUAUAUUAAGCAAUACAUAUCAUUUAUCAAAUAUAUAUGAUAUGUCCAUUUUUAAAAAUAAUAAGGACAUUAACAAUUUUAUAAGAUUUCCAAAUGCGAUUCUGACCGAUUCAGGUGGUUUCCAAAUGGUGUCCUUAAGUAAAAGGAUAAAGAUACUGGAGGAGGGCAUACUGUUCAAUAACAUAUAUGAUAGCUCGAUAAUAAGGAAAAACAUAAGUGUGGACACAGGCAAGAGUACAAACGUGGACAUACACAUAGACAGCCACAUAGACAACCACAUUGACGGCAACAUUGACGACCACAUUGAGGACCAUGUGAAUACUAACGUGGAUUCUAUCUACCCUGGGGGGGAUGCCAGUGAUAGAGGUACAAGUAAGAAGAACAUGCCUGGGAAGGAACAACCAAAAUACAGGGGAAAAACGGCCAAUAAGGAUGGACACAUAACUGAAAUAAUGGAAGAGCAAAAAAACAAGGGGGGUAAAAAUGCAAAGGAAAAAUAUUUAAAUAUUGGUGAGGAUAUAUUAUUAUCACCUGAAUUGUCCAUAAAAUUACAAAACCAAAUAGGGAGCGAUAUAAUCAUGGCUUUAGAUGAUGUAAGGUCAGCCACAGAAAUGGACAUUAACAAAAUUGAAGAGGCAACUUGUAGAACUAAUAGAUGGUUGAAAAGAUGUAUAGAUAGUCAUAAAAGAAAAGAAGAACAAACAUUAUUUGGUAUAAUACAAGGGGGGUUACACAUAUCUUUAAGGAAUAAAUCAAUGGAAUUUAUUAUAAAACAAAAAUUAAAUGGUUAUGCUGUAGGCGGUUUAUGUGGAGGGGAAAAAAAAAAAAAAUUUAUUGAAAUUAUUAAUCAUUGUUCUAAUGAGAAAAAUAAAAAAUAUAAUUAUUUACCUGUUAAUAAAUGUAGGUAUAUAAUGGGAAUAGGGUAUAUAAUAGAUAUUCUUUUUUGUUCCCUUUUUGGUUACGAUAUGUAUGAUUGUGUUUAUCCUUCAAGAACAGCUCGAUUUAAUACUGCUUUAAGUUUUGAUGGCACUAUAAAAUUAAAGUUAUCCAAAUAUAAAUAUGAUUUCACUCCAAUUGUAAAACAUUGUAGUUGUUAUGUGUGUAAAAAAUAUACAAAGUCUUCUAUACAUUUACUUAUUUCUAAAAAGAACCCCAUCGUAAAUAUAUUACUUACUAUUCAUAAUCUUUACUUUACUUUACACUUUUGCUAUUUGAUGCGUGUUUCCAUUUUUGUCGACAAAAUUGACCAGUUUGUUACCACUGUACUUUAUAACAACUUUGUAAUUGGCUAUAAAAAUGGAAACUACAAAAUUCCUGAUAAUGAUAAAGUUGACUUGACGUGCAAAAUGGCUAGUUGCGCUACUCAUGCGAAGCAAAAACCUGUGCACAGUAAUCCAAUUGUUGACCCUAUUCCGGUGAACGACUCAAAUGCGAGUUUCGCCCAUAUUACUAGCGUGGUACUUCCCUACCAAGGGGAAGCCAAACAUAUGGAAGUGGAUGAAGAAGCUGGAGAAGUGAAAUCGAAACAGACAGCGAAUAAUAACACUGCAGAUAUACCAAGCGGCAUAUGCGAAGAAGAAAUGGUAAAUAUCAGAUGGGACGGUGAAAUAAAUGUACGUCGGCAUUCCACAAUUUUGCAAGAUUCUUCAACAAGUCGAAUGCUCAGCAUGUGUAGAAAAGAAAAAAUGAUAAAUGAGUUAAAGGAGCAUUUACCGUACUGGGCGUUAGAAGCACUGCAGCAUGCCGACAUUGAACUUAAGUUUUAA